AUGUCAUAUUCUUUGUUGACGCGCGUGAUGGAACGUUUGGUGGAGAGCUAUCGUGAAGCGAAGACCGCUUUAGUAAAUACCGAUAUAUCAUGGCGAACAUACAGUUUGAUCGCUUGCUUUGCGUUGAGUUCGUGGAUAACAGUCAAUGGUAUCUGGUCUGAAUUGCCGGUCAUUGUACUUUACGCACCGGAGAAAUGGCAAAUUGCAUCAUAUACUGUGGUUAUCAUUCAGCUGGGAUUUGCUGGUCCUCUCCUUUUUUCGCUAGCAAAUCAACUUUGUCCACGAAUCUUCACCGAGAAACUAACAAUAUAUUUGCUGUUUCUCAUUGGUAUUUUGUCGUGUUUAUUCCUCGCAAUAUGGUUCAAAAAAACCACAAAGGUCGAUGGCAAACCGCAUAGUGUUGCGUUAAUGGUCCUGGUCUUUACACUUGCAUUAGUUGACUGUACUUCGUCUGUUGUUUUCCUCACAUUCAUGGCAAUGUAUGACCCACGUUAUAUAACUGCCUUGUAUAUUGGUGAAUCUUUUUGUGGCCUGCUGCCUGGUCUAGCUGCUAUUAUUCAAGGCUCACCAGUAGUUGUUUGUAACAGCACCAAUCACACUGGUGCAAAUGAAAACUCAACAUCACAGCCGUCAGAUGCUGGACUGCUAUUCUCAGCAAGUGCAUACUUCAUAAUUUUGCUAGUAAUGAUGCUAUUCUCUGGCUUUGCAUUUCUUGCUCUGAACUUUUUACCAUUUGCUGUCAAUGAGCAGUGCGUAGAGGUGAUAACGAACCAUGUUGCUCAACAGUGUAAUGGUCAAACAGACAAAAAGGAGCUGAUUAAUGAGGAGCAAGAGCCAGAAGUGAAAUUUGGGAGCUCAUGUUUGUCAAGUCGUAGACUAGUGAUUCUGUUUUUCAUACAAGCUGUUGUGUCUAGUUUCACAUUUGGUAUCCUUCCAUCAUUAUCACCUUAUGCAUUUGAGUCUUAUGGAAUGGCAUCCUAUCAUUUAGGUAUGGAUUUUUCUUAA